AUGUAUAAUGUUGAGAAACAAAAUAAAACUUACUUGGAUAUGAUGAACGACAGAGAGAGUUUGUCGUACAGGAAACUUUCCCUUAUCCAUACCACAUCUCAAACAUUAGAAUUUACGAAAGACCAAUUGAAGUUGAUUGAAUCCGAAAACAUGUUGAAUUGGUCUAUUGCCGUGUCAGACAGUCUUAAAUCAAAAUCUAGAUUAUUAGCGAUAUCUUGUAUAAGCCGUCACGACAUGACACCCGAAAGUGAAGACCAAGACAAGACACCCAAGAGUGAAGACCAUUAUCAUGGAUUUGUCGUCGCUUACUCUAUUAAUAUGGAUUAUUUAAUUUAUACGGAACCACAAUUUAAGGUUAGCGACUAUGGUGGAAUUGUUAAAUUGUUUUCCAACCAUGAAAAUAUUGAUGGUUCUAACAAUGAUAAUAUAAAAAAGAUUGAUGGAUGUUUUCUUGUGAUUUUAAAUGUCACUGGGAUCUAUAAGUAUCACUUUGAGCACUUUGAUCAUAAACCUACUAAGAUUCGAAAGCUAAGAUAUCCGAAAAGAAUAAAUAAUGCUUUAAAAUAUAAUAUGUACAAGAUUAUAUAUCUUUCAGUGCCUAAUGUUGGCGAGGGCGAGUUUUAUAGAAGAUAUAUUCUAAAAUGUUUAUAUAAGCACUAUUUUUUCAUAGAUACUACACAUGAGGGUGCUUCAUACAUGGAACUUUAUGAUUUAAAAACUGAUCAAUUAGUAAAUACCUUUCGAAGAGAGAAUUCAAAUAGGGUGAGUUACAUAGUAAAUACCUUUCGAAGAGAGAAUUUAAAUAUGAUAAAUUACAUAGCUGACGUUCCAGGUGUUUUUGCAAUAUCAAAUAAUAACAAAUUUUUGGCCUAUAAAUCUGGAAAGUGUGUCAAAUUAUAUUUAAUUGAAUGUGGUCUUGAGAUAGCAUCUAUAAUUCUUGAGGAUGAUGAAUUGUUAUUUGAUAAUUAUUUCAUGCUUUUUUUUAAUGAUGACGAAAAGUUAUUGGUAUAUCAGUCAGAAAAUAAAUGGUCUAUCUGGGAUAUUUUUGGCUCAGUACAAGAAUCAAUUAAACUCGAAAAUCAUUGCGGGUUUGAGUUUGGAUUUUAUCCUCGAGGUAUUUUUGAUAAGACUAAUUAUUAUCAGAUGGAGCGAUCAAAUUCACUCAUAGUUGUUAACAACAACAACAAAUUAACAAUUUAUGAUGACUUAAUCUUAGAUAAAUAUAAUUUAAAGAAAUCUGGCGACAAAUUUGCUUGGAAGACUUUAUCGCUAGCCCAGCUAGACCGCAAAAAGUUAAACUCAUUUUAUCACAUAAUUGAGCCUUGGGCUCCGAAUCUCGAUCAUAGUCGUCCACGAUACUUUGUUCAUCUUGAUGGAAAAAACAAAAUUCCACUUUUGAUUGGAGGCAGUACGAUUCAAGUUUGGUACGAUCGAAAUGAAAAAAGAACUCUUGAAUUCAUUAUGGUGAUCAGGGAUGUGAAUAGUGAUGUAAAUAAUUCUAUGGAUGAUAAUAUGAAUGAGGCCGUAAUAGAAGCUUGUCACACGCUUAAAUACUUAUAUUUUGUGUCUCAUAAAGACACUAUGGUUGGCUCUGAUGGAUACGAUAAUCGCAUUCACUUAUACAAAGAAAUAGUCAAGCAAACACGAAAUAUUAUUAUAAGAUUUAUUAAAUUAUACCCAACUUCUUGGCGGUUAUUGGACUUUCUCUUUGAUUUAAUGAGCAUUCUUAUUGAUGCGAGAGAAUAUUCACUUAUAAAAUACAUAUUAUUUGGCGAAGAACAUGAUGAAGGCGAUCCUAAAAAUUACAAUUUUAAAAUCCAACAAGGUGAAUUUAUAUUACAUGAAAAAUCACUUCACAUGCCACAAUAUUAUUCAUGGACAGGUGAAGAAAAUACUAUUUCCAAAGCAUUUUCAAAUGAACAUCCGGUCUUACUAGGAUUGUUUUUAGAAUAUUAUUCUAAUAAGGCAGAAAAAGAGAUCGGAUGGAUGAUUACUGUUACCGACAUUAUACCGAAAUUACUGGCAUAUAGAAAUAAGAAGAGAGAAAAUAAAAGUGAAUUUUAUAAGUAUUAUGUUCAAUUAUUAUUUUAUAAAUCUUGCUUUUGUAAUAAUGAGUUGGAUCUAUCUCUUUUUGAAUUUCUUGAGAUUAAACCAAGCAUAAAUAAUUCUUUGAAAGUCUUUAUACCUAUAACACAAUUGAUUCCACAAGACUCUAAUUUGGAAAUAAAAACGAUUAGCAAUAAUAUAAUUCCUGAUAUUAGAGCGGUACCUUUAAUCAAUUUCACAAGUAGAAAAGAUAAAAGCUUAUCGCUGGGUAAAAGAGAAAGCAUAUUAGCGAAUAUUAUGGGCAUUUUCAAAUUUAUAAUUUUUCCUGGCAAAUAUUCAUAUCGGGAAGAGUACUCUCCUUUUCUUGACCUCAUAGAAAACCUUGAAACUGUUGAAAAUAGCGAUGCUUUCUAUUAUAACCCAUCCAUGGAAGCCACCAUGAAUUUUGUGUGUCAAUCUCCAACAACAUAUGAGAUUUCUAAUGGAAGUGAUGUGAUUUAUACUAUGGCUGGAGAGGAACCAGUUAACUCAUUUUCAAAUCUUUUUAGUGCUAUAAUUGCAGCAUAUAAUUGGGAUUCAAUUUCAUUAGAUGCUUGGGGUUUUUGGCCUCUCGUCAUAAUCGAUGGAAAACGUGCUGUACUCAAGUAUCAAAGAGAUUUUAUUUCUUAUUAUGCAUUUCUUGAACGUUCUGCUUUUACCGCGAUACACAGUGAUUUUGAUUCCAAGUUUAAGGUUGGAUUAGACAUGAAGUAUAUAUGUUUUUAUAAUGAAUUAUCUAUUACAAAGUCAUGGAAUGAGAAAUCCCAAUCAUGGAAAUCAAAUCCAAUAUAUAUACAUGCUGAAAGUCAAAUACAAACAGAUUUCGAAGUUACAAUCGAUAAAGAAAAUAUUAACUUUAUUUGGGCCCCAGAAAAAAAACCAAAAAGCAAAAUAGAAGGAUAUUAA